CUUCUAUCGUCCGGUGCCGCCAUCAUGGCCCUGUUCUUCCUGUUUUGGGUCACAAUCUUAAUGUCUAUUAGUAUCAUUCACACUUUGCCUCCUACCGCCCCCCCGCUGAUCCCAGACCACCCCUUCGUGGCCAUAUGGAACGCUCCUGUGGACCAGUGCCGAAGGCUGGACCUGGUGCUGGACACUGGGGCCUUCCAGGAGGUGACGACACCCGCCACCGUGCCCGGUCAGUACCUCUCCCUCUUCUUCGAGGAGCGCCUGGGCAAUUACCCUAGAAUCGACAGGAACAACGUGAGCCACCACGGAGCCGUCCCCCAAAGAGUCGACCUGACAGAGCAUCUGGCCAAGGCGAAAAAGCAGAUUAACAGUUACAUCCCCAAGGAUUCCAGUCCUGGACUGGCCGUCAUUGACUGGGAGUCGUGGCGUCCGCUGUGGGACCAGAACUGGGGCUCAAAACGAAUGUAUCAGAGUCUGUCCCGCGUUUAUGCUGAAGAACAGGCCCCGCAUUUAUCCUCCCAGGCCGCCUCUAAAGCCGCCAAGCAUCAGUUUGAGCGCGCGGCCCGCUCCUUGAUGGAGGAGACCCUCCGCCUCGGGGUCCGAGAGCGUCCCAGCCGCCGCUGGGGCUUCUACCUGUUCCCCGACUGCUACAACUACGGCUGGGAGACGCCUGCGUACACGGGGAGGUGCUCCGAUAAGACCCAGAGGCAGAACGAGCAGAUGCUGUGGCUGUGGGAGCGCAGCACCGCCCUCUUCCCCUCCAUCUACCUCCCCCAGUCGCUCCACAGCUCCCACAACGCCGCGCUCUACGUGCGGCACCGCGUCCAGGAGGCCGUGAGGGUGGCGGCGCUGCCCAGACGUCCGUUCACGAGCCCGGUCUACGUCUACUCCAGGCCGCUGUACAGGGACCAGAACACCAGGUUCCUCAGCGAGAUGGACCUGGUGAGUUCUGUGGGAGAGAGCGCCGCUCUGGGAGCUGCAGGAGUUGUGAUGUGGGGCUCCAGCAAAGACUUCACCACAAAGGAGGCCUGUGAGUCCCUGUCCCACCACCUGACCUCCUCCUUGAACCCGUACCUCACCAACGUGACGGCGGCCGCCAUGCUGUGCAGCCAGGCCCUGUGCCAGGGGAGGGGCCGCUGCGUCAGGAAGAGGCACGACUCCAGCCACUACCUGCACCUCGACCCCCAGCGCUUCAUGGUGCUGCAGGCCGGAGGGAAGUACGUGGCCGUGGGGGUUCCUUCUGAGGCCGCGCUCAGAGACUGGGAGGAGAGGUUCACCUGCCAGUGCUACGCGGGGUCUCCGUGUGAGGCCAAACUGGUGCCUCUGACCAAAGUCAAAGCCAUCUGGGUCUGAUGUAUUUUUUCUUUUGGUUUUAUGGUAGGUGGUGUUCAGCAUUAGGGGCAGUACCACCACCUACUAUGCUGUAUGUGGAUCAAUUAGAAUACCAAAAGAUAAAUGCUGCUCAUAUUUCUCUCAAACGUCACCAAAGCUCUUGACACAGUCACCCUGUGCUUCACAUCCAUGUAUCCCCUGCUGUCUCCCUCUAACAUGUGCCUCUGAAUCGUUCUGUUCACACCAACCAACAGCGAGCACUUAUUUAGUUUUGUGUGACCCAAUUUUAACCUUGACAUUAUAUUGUCCUCCUUUAUUCCCUCCUGUUGCCCCAAUGCUGCACUUGUUCCCGCUGUCCCAGUGAUCUUGUCCCUGUGGAUGAUUUUACUUUUGAUUGUGGUUUUAGCUUCUGUUUUGCUUGACUGCAUCAUUUGCCAUGCGGUUCCCUUUAUUUUCCUUGUGAGCCAGUAUCCACAUACAUGUAACUGCUGUCUUUUAACUGGUGCAUUCUGGAUAGUGCUUCAUAGAUUUCACUAUAUAUACACAAUAGAUUUCAUAGACUCUGAGCACAGAACAACUGGCUGGUUUAACGUGCCCUGCAAUGCUACUGUAAUAGCCAAGAAUUCUACUGUACAACCUGCAAGAUGGUCUGAUGUUCUUUUUUUAACAAUGCUUGUUAAACUGGAUGGUAAAUGCAUAUCCUGUCCUUCCUGUGAUUGUGAACCAACCAACACUGAUGACUAAUCUGACUCUUUGAGAAGAUGAUUGGUGAAUAUUAGUGUUUUAGUUUUUCCUAUAAGGAUUGUU